UCCAUGAACCCCGCAAUAGUCACUAGUCCCAAAAAACUCGAAAAAUAUCAAAUGGCAAAGCCAGCAAUGUGCAUUGUUCUCGUUCAAAUCUUCCUCGCUGCCUUAUUUCAUCUUUGUAUGAGUUCUCAAACCAAAGAAUGCACGGGCACAGCCUCUCUCCCCCCUCAGUUUUACGACAACUCGUGCCCCAAAGCACAAGCCAUUGUCCAAUCUUUCGUUGCCAAAGCACACUCCAACGACCCUCGCAUGGCAGCCUCAUUGCUUAGGCUUCAUUUCCAUGACUGCUUCGUCAAUGGAUGUGAUGGUUCUUUAUUAUUAGACAGUAGUGGAACCAUAGAAAGCGAGAAACGAGCAGACACAAACAUAGACUCUGCCCGAGGGUAUGAAGUCAUGGACGAUAUCAAGUCUGUCUUGGAAGAUGAAUGUCCUCAAACAGUUUCUUGCGCUGAUAUUCUGGCUCUUGUUGCUAGAGACACGACUGUUAUUACUGGUGGCCCGAGUUGGGAAGUAUAUUUAGGAAGAAGAGACGCAUAGGAAGCAGCAAGCUUGGUUGCUUCUAACAACAACAUUCCUCUUGUCAGCUCCACGUUUGAGACAAUUGUCACCAAGUUCAACGACCAAGGACUCGAUCUCACCGAUCUUGUGGCUCUCGUAGGUACUAUACCAAAGUUUUUUUUUUUUUGGGUGUCAUGGUAAGUGUAGACAUAUGAUUCGAUCAACUUUUUAAGUGUUUUUUUCUUUUUGAGAAUAUAUAUAGAGAUCAAUGACUUUUCUUGUUGAAGAGUACAUGUGGCGGCUCGCUUGUCGUUUUCAUGAUCCAGAAGAGUCAUUUUCUACCAUGGACAAAAGAGAACGUGUUUUGUCUUUAAUUUUCCCAAGAACACACACUAAGCUUCGUUAUUGGGUACACAUUACUAGUUUGAUUAAUACUAUCAUCAGAGUUUCUCUAUAAGGCCAUACAAACGGCGUGAUGUGCGUAACUUGUUGAAGAAGGAAAGAAUAGACUUGCUUAGACUACUUCUCUUGCUGGAUAAAAUGAUGACCAUCCUCAACAACCACAAUCGACAAGCUCAUGAAACA